UGAGUUAGAUAUGUCCAAAUCCUUUCCUACUACCCUCUUAAUUGAUAACGAUACUUUUUCGUUCUAUGUUGAAUUCACGUAUGAGAAUUUACCUUUCUAUUGCUCAAAAUGUAAACUUACAGGACAUCCCACCGAAAAGUGUCGGAAAAUUUCGGUUAAGAAGGUUGUGGAAGAGGAUGUUCAAGAUAGAAGUCAACAGCCUUUGGUUAAAAAUGGGAAACAGUGGCAACCUAUCUCUGGUGAUGCAAGAGAUGAGAGAGAACAUGAGCAGGAGACAGCAAAGGGAGAUAGGCCGGUUGAGGUGGGUUCGAGACGCGAAGACAUACAGGUUUCCCCAGCUCGUUUGGACCCGGGAUGUUACUCACUUCAGAAAAAUGAUCACCAGAAACAGUUAGGCUUGCCGGUUUCGGCGUCGAACAACAAUUUUGCCCUGUUGGAUAACGAAGGCACUGAAUUGCUUGAAGAACCGGAGCAGCAGCGGCGGCCAGUCAACAUUUCUGCGAUCCAUGAUGGCCAUAUCUCGGAGGAGGUUUCGGAUGAGGAUGAAGAAGUGAACUAUGACAGCAGUGGGAAGUACGUUUCCACAACGGAUGAUAUUGCUGUUAAUAAUGCCUUGAAAGCUCAAAGACUUGAGCAGAUUUUGGCGAUAGCUAAAGCGCCCAUGCCAGAAACAGUUCCUCCUGCUAAGCGACGAGGAAGACCAUCCAAACAGGAGCAAGCUGCUAGGGCAGCGGAGAACACAGCCAACAGGCCAGCGGACACAACCAUUAAAAGUAGACUUCGUAACACGGGUGAUACGUCGCGUACUUUUGUGAUUGAUAAAAGUAAUAGAGACAGCGCUCUAGCCAUGGAGAGCGUCGCCAAAGAGAGCUGGGCGGAAGAGGUUGAAAGAAGCGGAGUUGCCUCCGCUAACAUAAAUCAAUUUUGAUGAAUAUUAUUGCAUGGAAUGUCCGUGGUUUGACGGAUGAAUCCAAACGUCUGCUGAAGGA